AUGUCUAAUUCAUCGGAUUCGGAGUUAGAAUUGGCCCAACGAAGUCAGUCCGGGUCAAAAAUUAGUGGUUCUGGUCAAGAAACUGAGGUCAACGACAAAAGCCCUUGGGAUAUGAUGAAAUCGAAGCAAAAUAAAGCAUUUAGUAAAAAUUAUCUUCAAGAAAUUAUGAAUUUAGACGAAUCAAAUGCGGACGUCCUAAAAACAAUUCAACUGUCUAAUAAAAAGCGGGCUCCGGACGUUAACGAUGCAAAGUCUCCAGGAGUUAGCAAAAAAGUUUCGUUUAGCGAGCAUGUACAGAAAAGGGAGAUAAUUGUUAGUUCAUCAUCGUCCAGUGAUGAGGAGAGUGCGAAAGAUUCAAACAAAAAUGUGAGGAAGGGGAUUUUGAAACGGAAAAACAUUGAUUUGGAGGAUAGUGCAUCAACGAGUGAUGAUGGAUCAAUUCAAAGUCAUGCAAACAAACUGAGACAAAGGAAAUUACUAGAUGGUCAAGGUUCAUCUAGUGAAUCAAAAAAAAAUAGCAUGUUAAUGUGUAACGAAAAAUCAAAAUUUACAGUUACAAAGAAAAAGCGAGAUGAAAAAAAGUUAUCUUCACAAAGUGAUUCUGACGUGGCAACAACAUCUUUAACAAAUAAGAGAAUAAAUCAUAUUAAAAAUAUUAAGAAAGAAACCACUGAAAGUCAGUCUGAUGUGUCUUCGGAUGAUGAUGAUGAUGAAGAAAGUGUUGAUCAAAAUAGAAAUCCUUCUUUUAAUAGAAAUGUAUCAAUUAAUAGUAACAAAGAGUUAUCGGAAAGUACUGAUUCUGAUAACUCUGAAGGAAGAAAGAAAAAAGUUAGGUUAAGUCAUAAUUCAAAACAUACUUUAAGUAAAGUACCAAAACAUCAAAAAAGUAUGAAUUAUCAAUCUUCAGAUGAUGAUGAAGAAGAAAACACAACAAAAAUUCCAAAAGAUUUGGAUCCCAAACUUCUCGUUUCUGGAGUUAUAAAUUUUAAUGGAGAGUCAUCAAAGUUGGAAAUAAACGAAAACGUUUAUGCGCUUCAUGUAAACAUGGAUAAAAAUAUUUCUAAUGUUUUAAUUGAUAGUUCCGAUAAUGGUGAUUCCUUUAAUAUUUUAUCGUUAAAAUGUCAUGGUGUUAUAUCGAUUUCGAAAGAUACUAAAAUAAGAAAGAAGUCGUUAAAAAUUAAAAAAUAUCAACAAGAUGAUGAGGUAAUUGAAGAACCUAAAAAUUUAAAAGAACAACAUUUAUUAUUGGGACAUAAUUACGAGGAUCGGAUUAAUUUGGAUAAAUGGAUUUCGGAUAAAUUAGAAGGCUUAAUAACGGAUUUUAAUAAAAAACGAAAACAAAAAAGGAGAUCGAAAUCGUUUAAUGAAAAUAAAACGCCGGUGGAGGAAGAAAAUUUAGAUAUUUUUAAACUUUUAGAUGAACAUACUGACAGAAAAUCAUCAGAAGAAAAUGAAUGUUCUAUGAUGAUGGAAAACAACGAUAAUGUCGAUAAAACGAGUUUGAAAAAACGAAGUCGGAGUAAAUCAAUAUUCGAAGAAGAAAAUUCUUCCCCUGCAAAACGAAAACGUAGUAAAUCAUUAAGUACAGUUAAUCCUGAGGAUUUUGAUGAUACAAUUCCGGGUGAUUCAACGCCAAUUAAAUCUAAGAAAAAUAAGAAAUCGAAAACCUCUUUGGAACACAUUGUGAAAGAAGAAAUGGUAUCGGAGGAUGAAUUUUCGUUGAAUAAGCAUAAAAAAGCGAUUGUAAAUAGUACUAUGAUAUCGGUAAAAGAGGAUAAUUCUAUUUUUGAUAAUGAAGAAAGUUUCAUACCCAAACCAAAUGAUUCAUCUAUAAACCGCUUCAUCGAUGACUUGGUUAAAGAAGUUGAAGAUAAAAAAAAGAAAGUGGACAUACUGAAAUUAACUAUUGAAAGAGGUAGAUACGAUCCACAACAAAUGUUUAAUGUAGAUGAGCCCCAUACUGGAAAAUAA